AUCCGGCCUCUUUUUCGUGGCGGACCGUUGUAGGGUCGGUUUGGCAACAUGAAGCUGAACAUCUCUUUCCCCGCUACUGGCUGCCAGAAGCUGAUCGAAGUGGACGAUGAGCGCAAGCUUCGUACCUUCUACGAGAAGCGUAUGGCUACCGAGGUGGCUGCUGACCCCCUGGGAGAUGAGUGGAAGGGUUACAUGGUUCGCAUCAGCGGAGGCAACGACAAGCAGGGCUUCCCCAUGAAGCAGGGUGUGCUGACCCAUGGCCGUGUGCGCCUGCUGCUCAGCAAGGGCCACUCCUGCUACCGUCCCCGCAGGACUGGCGAGCGUAAGCGCAAGUCUGUCCGUGGUUGCAUCGUUGAUGCCAACCUCAGCGUUCUCAACUUGGUCAUCGUCAGGAAAGGUGAGAAGGAGAUUCCCGGUCUGACCGACAGCACUGUCCCUCGCCGUCUGGGUCCUAAAAGGGCCAGCAAGAUCCGCAAGCUCUUCAACCUGGCUAAGGAGGAUGAUGUGAGGCAGUAUGUUGUGAGGAGACCCCUUUCCAAAGAAGGCAAGAAGCCCAGAACUAAGGCUCCCAGGAUCCAGAGGCUGGUGACACCUCGUGUGCUGCAGCACAAGCGUCGCCGCAUUUCCCUCAAGAGACAGCGCACCCAGAAAAACAAGGAGGAGGCAUCCGAGUACGCCAAGCUGCUGGCCAAGAGGAUGAAGGAGGCCAAGGAGAAGCGCCAAGAACAGAUUGCCAAGAGGCGCCGUCUUUCUUCUCUGAGGGCAUCCACAUCCAAGUCAGAGUCCAGCCAGAAGUGAAAUCACACAGACAAAUAAAACAAUGUUUUGCUGAAAA